AUGUCUUUCCUUAAUUUUUCUCCAGGCUUGUCGUCAGCGUGUGGGUCAUGUUACAAGAAACCGACCUUUACCAGCGGUAAAACAGUUUUGGAGGCACAGAUAUCCCCGUCAGAAGCUGUGUUUGAGCACGAGCUAAAUGUUAUUCCAGUCAAGGUCGAUGUUCAAGUGACACCGAAAUCUGACCCUCAAUCUAUCUUUCCGGGUGUAGGUUCGGCACAACGAGAUGAUGACGAAGACGGUCCUUAUGGAGGGGUAGUGUACAAGUACAACGACGGGUCGGUCAUCGUUUACGCCCCGAACAGAUGGGAUGGAUUCUCUACAGGAUCUGUCAUUUAUACUGGUGGCAGCACUUGGACCGGCCCUACUCAGAUGAAAGAGAAUAGGGCGAACGUGCGCGUGCGUGUCUGGUCUCCGAUGGACUUCCCUUGUCCAGACUACGUCAAAACCACCGCUGUACAGGCGGGUCCAGGGAGAGGAACAUUCAAGGAAUUGGCCCAUGGUUUGGGCACAGUCCCGGAGUAUGUAACGGUCCAAGUCAUACACGGCAGUUCCAAAUGGGUUUCGGAUGGAAUAGGAUAUGUGAUGACGUCAUCAAUGACAUCCAUUAAUACGUCAUGGGGAGGUGUAUUAUACGCAUACAAUGAGAGUCAUAUCCGGAUCUGGACGCCCAGUACGGAUUCUGGCAGCUUAUACAGUUCAGCAGACGGCUGGGGUCGAAAGCAUGACGAAACCGUGAAUUCUGGUAGUCUUGUCGUGAAAAUGUGGAAGUUCUUCAAUGGUGUCGACGUGUUCAGCAAAAGCCAACUAAUCGGAAAUAAAGCAACAAUUGUUGAGAAAGAGAUGAGUUUUACACCUUCGACUUUUGAUACGGACCAUGGACUACUCACAGCUAUGGUAAAAUCAACGGAUGGACCAAACGCCAACUUCCUCUUUCCUGCCACUGGAGCAGUACAGAAUGCCGAGACCAUCGGAUCUUACGGAGGUCUUGUCUAUUCCUAUUCCACUUUCGGUAUAAAACUGUGGCAGCCACCCAGUAGGAAUGGUUACCUGAUUUAUAUCAGCGACAACUGGGGAGGAGGUGUCUAUAAACAGAGUUCCAACUCAGCGCAGUUGGAAGUUCGAGCCUGGAACGUCUAUGACAUAUGUCCCACCACUGUAGCAACCUCGUCUACUUUGGUUCCUGCUUCCACACCCACACGAGCUCCGGUCAACAACAUAAGAGCGACAUCUGUCGGACAAAGGUCAUCAAGUUUUGUUGGGAAGUACACCAAAACAAACACCAAUUCUCCUGUCGUAAUCUUCUCUAAUGCAAGCACUAAUCCCCAAUUAGCCGGAGAUACGAGUACGUUAACUGUGGUCAAUAUGAACGGAGGUAAUACCAGACGAAACGCUACAGCAAAAGCACAAAACCGGUUCAAAGGACUCACUGUAGACUUACCCUGGUGGGCUGUGGGCGUUAUCAGUGGCGCCAUCUUACUAUUGCUUAUUGGCAGUAUCAGUGGAGUAGUUCUAGGCAUACUGCGCGCCAAGGACAAGGGCAAAGUUCGGAGCAAGGAAAAAGAAAAAGUGUCACGUUUCCCGCCAAAAGACCACGUGAAUGGAAAGAAACAAGCUUGGGACAUCUAA